GCCUCGGCUCAUGAUUCACAUAUCGUUGAGUGAGCGGCUUUUUCUCCCCCCUUUUUUAGCCAGCCUCAAACCGCCCAACAGCAGCUCAACAACUCCCGGGUUCCGCGGCACCGGGUGCCGCCUCCACACGGCGCUCCGAGUUCGGCCCACAUUUUCUCAGUGAUAGUUAAGUACUUGACGGUAAACUCCCAAACUUGCACACUCACAUGUUCAGCAGAACUUGAGCUGCAACCCCUUAUCCGUCUCAACUGUAUAACUGCGACAACUCGCGCCAGCGCACGCACCAGCCCCAGUCUAAUCCUCCGUGGCCAGAAGAGACUAUUAGCACGCGCCUCCAUUGCUUCUCAGUCCCAGUAUGGCUCACGACCCGGGGCCGGCAGAGGCCGGCGACAGCAAGGUCGCGCAGGUGCUCAACGCGGAUGAACAUGGACUGCAAGGUGGAAACAACGUCAGUACUUCUGCGCCGCCCAUCCAGGACUACGACGUCGAGCGCGUCGAGAAAGUCUACCGAAAACUCGACCUCCGGAUCAUCCCCGCCUUCUGGGCGCUGUACUUCCUCAGCUCCGCCAUCCGCUCCAACAUCGGCAUCGCCCAGACCAUGAACGAGUCGGCCGGCCACGACCUGGCCUCCGUGCUGGGCCUGUCGCCGCGCGACACCUCGACCGCCCUGGCGCUCUUCUACGUCUCGUACGUGCUGUUCGACCUGCCGUCGAACCUGGUCAUGAGCAGGCUGUCGCCGCGCGCCUGGAUGGCCCGCAUCGUCACCGCCGUCGGCGUCGUCGGCACCUGCUUCGCCGCCGUCCAGGCCGCCUGGAGCCUCAAGCUGCUCCGGUUCCUCCUCGGCCUCGUCACCGCCGGCAUGUGGCCCGGCAUGGCCUACUACCUGACCCUGUUCUAUCCGCCGUCCAGGACCGGCAAGCGCAUCGGUAUGUACUUCACCGCCUCCCAGGUGUCGGCUGCCGUGGUGGGGCUGGUGUCGGCCGGCUUCCAGCAGAUGGAUGGCCUCAGGGGGCUGGUCGGUUUCAGGUGGAUGUUUCUGGUCUACGGGCUGCUGGGGGUCGUGUUGGGCAUCUCGCUGCUCUGGUGGCUUCCUGAGCGGCCGCUGGCGCCCGGCGAGGAGAGGGUGCGGAGUUGGUACGCGAGGUGGCUGCCCCCCAGCCCCGAGGCGCUGAAGGGCGAGGAUGCCGUCGUGCAUUACCACGACCUGAGACGGGUCUACCAUGCUCGCCCUUGGAACUUGAGGGAUCUGUGGCAUGUGCUGAUCGACUGGCGCUUGUGGCCGCUGGUGCUGAUGUACUUCGGGGUCGUCGGGGUCGGCAUCGGCACGCAGCUCUACGGGAACGUCAUCAUCUCGUCGAUUGACUCUACCUUUACGGGCGUGCAGAUCAGCUUGCUGUUCGCGCCGAUCUGGAUGAUGGACUUUUGUGCGAUUCUGCUGGUCACCCCUAUUUCCGACAGGUUCCACCGGUACCGCGCCCUCUUCUUCUCCGCCGCGGUGUGUAUCCAGAUCGCCGGCCUCCUGACCGUAACGUUUGCGCUCUCCAAUCCGUGGGCCCGAUACGGCGGCCUGCUCAUGGUGGGCUUCGGCCUGGGUCCGACCGUUCCCAUCUGCAUGACCUGGACGAGCGAGAUCUUCCAGCGCCGCCACCGCGAGGUCGGGGUUGCCGCUGCCUCCGCCCUUGUCUCGGGACUGGGCAAUCUCGGCAGCAUCACGACGACGUACGCCCUGUACACGGGCUGGCCCGAGGACGCCGCCGAGGGCCCGCACCAGUAUCGGAAGAGCAACUUCACCAUGAUCGGGAUUCUCUGUAUGAGCAUUGCGAGCAGCUUCGUCAUGACGGGCCUGCUGCGGAUCUUCGGCAACGAGCCGAGCCAGAAGAUCUCGAGCGGCGGCAGCUCCGCCGUUGACUCGGACGAGUACCUCGAUGGCGCCGCCCGGCGCGAAGUCCACCAGCGCGGAUUCGACCGCAUGUGGUGGAACAGGUCGUCCAAGGCCUCCCCCGAGGCUUAAGAUGGGGACAGGGGGUUAGGCGGGAGGGAGUGCUCGCGGUCCGCUCAGCGUCAACAACCAUCGCCGCCA